UUGAGAAUAAGUUCCAUCAACUGGGAAGGAAUAAUAAGCUCAAAAAACGUGAAGCUAGCUCAAACCCCGACUUUCAACUUUCAUCACAUCACGUCACGCAAAAUGGAAUGUGCCAAAAAUCCGUGUUAGAAGUAUUUUGAAAUAUUUAUCGAAUACUGAAUAGAUUUUGUUAUGAUAUGCAUUUAUGUAAGAUCUUAUUACUUCUCAGCCGCCAUAGCAUUGAAUAUCCUUCUCUAUUGCGACCGUAUCGCGUCACUUGAAGCGCUGACUUGCAGCUCCACGAUAUUCCAAACAUACCAUCAUAAUAAUGGCCUGGAAACCUCUAAAUCUUUUAAGCUCUGCUGGCGCACGGUUACCACCUCUCUUAAGCUCAUCCGAGUUUAAAAGUGAUUCAUACAUAGUGAGGCUGACUGAUUUAUCAAAUACAUGGGUCGAGAAGAUAGAUCGCGACACCAUAAUCGAGCGAAGCAAAGAAGAGAAUACAAGUAUCGAUCCUAAUGAGGGCGAAGACCAGUUAUCGAUAUUUCUUAAUAAGAUAAAGCUAGGGCUUACGGGAGGAAAAGAUACAAGCAUAUCUUUGCAAGUUGGUGCGGGCAUUGCGGAAGAUCUAUCACCGAACUUACUUCUCCAUGUUAAGAUUCCACUGCCUGGUGGAUUACGGGACUUGGAAUGGCGGUAUGAAUUGGCACUAGAAGGACCGAAAGAAAUAGUUGACAAUUUGGUUCUUCCGAGCUUAAUUGCACUACAAGAAAAGAGGAAAGAGGUCGAAGAGCUAGUGGAGCUGCUUGGGGAGAAAGAUGCGGUCAUUCAAAAAUUAGUCGAUACAUUGGAAAGUCAAGGGACAGACCUAGGCACAAUUUUCCAUCAAGCUGCGGGAAGACCGGGGAGGAAGGUUGACAGAAAGAAGGCUAGUGAAAAGAUUAAAGGCUUGAAGAUCUUCGAUGCAGAAGCUUGGAAAAAGGAGUUGGGAUCUGAUAAAACGGAUGAUAGGUUGGAGUUAUUGAACAAGGUGUUUAGCUGCAAUGACAUAACUCCGAGUAUUUCUAUAACAAAUGCUUUUGAUGAGGAGGUUCAGGAUUUCAAUUGGUGGGAUCAUAUGCAAGGCAAGGUUGUAGGUACAUCAGGGGACAGUGCUACGACAAAUCAAAUGAAUUUACCAAGAAGAAAUAUCGAACAAGAAUAUGUACCGCCCGAGGAAGACUUUCAGGUACAAUCAACACCUCCUCGCCUCUCAAAAUCUAAGGCUAAGCCUGAUAUUUCAAUGGGUGAUUCUACAGAUGAUGACGAUGGCGACGACCUCGGUGGCUUGUCUCAACGUUCGAGAAUUCCAGAUGGCCUUUCCAUCUCACAAUCCGGCGCAGCAGGUCCUAAUCGAACUCCAAUCUCAAAAUCCAGUCCACCAAAAGUGAAACCCCCAUUCAACAAAUUGGGUACAAAACGAAAAUCUCCAACACCAACUCCCCCAACUCAACCCGAAGAUGAUACCACCGAGGAUGAUGAACCUAUACCGGCGACUUCACGACAUAGAAGAGCGACUUACCACAGCGGUAACGAUGAUACCAUGGACGAUGAUACACCAUCCUCUCCGCCAUCAAAAAGGCAGCAAACUUCCAAGGAAUCUCCAGCUAAAAAGAAAGGCAAGCUAGGAAAAACAGGCGGAAAGAGAGCUGCUUCACAUUCUUCAGAGCCAGAGCCAGAACCAGAACCAGAACCAGAACCUGAACCUGAACCUGAACCUGAGCCUGAACCUGAGCCUGAGCCAGAGCCAGAAGCUGAACCAGAAGCUGUAAAGCCGCGACCCAAAAGAGGCAUGCUAGGUAAAAUUGGUGGGAAGAAAAAAGAGAAUGUACCAACACCUGAAAUCGAGUCUCAAAGUUCGGCAACGUCGAAGAAGAAGCUAGGUAUUAUUGGUGGGAAGAAGGUUGCUACUGGAAAUGCUAGCCAAAAAGGACAUGCUUCUCAUGAAGAGAAUAGGGGAAGAUCGAGAGAACCAACGAUGGAGGAGGAAGAGAAAAUUAAAGAAACAACCCCACCACCUAGGGAAACUUCACAAGAACGGGCUGAUAAGAAGAGAGAGAUUUUGAAGAAGGAAUUAGAAGUAAAAAGCAAAGCACCAGUUAAAAAGAAAAGGAAAUUUUGAGGGAUUACUUGUGGGUUUCGAAGAUGUGUAGAUGUAUACCAAGUAUGUUCAUCUGUCCCCGUCUUAGUAGUUAGCAUUUCCCUCGAAAACUUGGAAAAGUUUACCUUUUGUCAUUAGUCUUUGUACGCAUUGUUUCUCUCUCAAUUGUGGGCAUCCGAUCGCUUGCUCUAGUUAGACAAUAAGUCUUUUGGUUUGAUGUUUCUCAAUACACAUGUCACGC